GAGAAGAACUUUACACGUUCGAAUAAUUCAACAAAGCGAAAAAUUGGGGAAAAAACUUAUGAAUGUAAUGAACCAGGUUGUGAAAGGAAAUAUACGAGUAUAAGUAGUUUAAAAGUUCAUAGAAGAAUUCAUACAAAUGAAAAACCAUAUAAAUGUGCGGAAUUAGGAUGUAAUGGGGUAUUUAGAAGUUUAUAUUUUUUACGAUUACAUAGCAAAAAGUUGAAUCAUAAUGGUUAUAGUUAUACAAAAUAUAAUAAUUAA